UUUGGAAGAGGUCAAAAAAACAAAAAUGUUUGACCAAUAAGACUCGAAAUUGGAGUGAAAAAUGGACUAAAAGAUAAAAAAUCCUCACUUGAUGACCCUUUCCACGAAGAAAAGAAAAAAGAAGGAAAAAAGAAGUCACGACCAACGUGUAAAAAGGGUUUGCAAUGAAUGAAUAUCACACACUCUUCACCACGACCGUAAUAAUAUGACGAGUGGUCUGUUCUGCGGCUGAUUCUUCCCAUUCCCAUUUCCAUCUCCUUUCCCUCCACAUUUUCUCACUGCCCGCCCAUGAAUGGCGAUGUAGCUCCGGCCGCCACUCCGGCCGCCUCAGCCGAGCCCCAAUACAUCAGGGCUAAGACUUCUGUUUGGUGGGACAUCGAGAACUGUCAGGUCCCUAAGGGAUGUGAUCCUCACGCCAUCGCCCAAAAUAUCAGUUCUGCCCUCGUCAAAAUCAACUAUUGUGGCCCUGUUUCCAUUUCCGCUUAUGGGGAUACUAAUCGCAUUCCUAAUUCUAUUCAACAGGCUCUUUCUAGUACUGGCAUCGCUUUGAAUCAUGUUCCUGCUGGUGUUAAAGAUGCAAGUGAUAAGAAGAUUCUAGUCGAUAUGUUGUUUUGGGCAGUUGAUAACCCUGCUCCUGCAAAUUAUUUGCUAAUUUCGGGUGAUAGGGAUUUUUCUAACGCACUUCAUCAAUUAAGAAUGAGAAGAUAUAAUAUUCUUCUUGCGCAACCACAAAAGGCUUCUGCACCACUAGUAGCAGCAGCAAAGAGUGUUUGGCUUUGGAUGAGUCUUGUAGCUGGUGGACCUCCAAUGUCCAGUACUGAAUCAUCUCAACUUGUGAAUGGUAUUCCUACUUCUGAACCUCAAAUAUCUCAGACCUCUGGAUUUGAUCAGAAUAUGCACACAGGACAAGCUAUAGUACACAAACCUGAAAAUGUCAAUUUGGGAAACCAAAGAUCUUAUUCUACCGAGAGGACGGGCGACAAUAAACAUAAAGGUAAAUAUGUACAGAAAAGCUCCAACCAACCAGUUAUAUCCAGAGCUUUAAGCUCACCUGCAUCUAUGCAAGAGAAAAACCCUAAUUUUUUAAACCAACCAAAUCAUAUGCAAGCAAAGCAGUUUAAGAAAGCACCCCACGAAUUCUUUGGAAAUAGCAAUCCUGUAGGCUCUUCUAGUCAAUCUACUCCAAACUUGUUUAUUGAAAAUUCCAGCCAUGCUAGGACUGAUGCCAAUGGUUCAAUCGGUAGUUCCUCAUUUCACCAACCUCCUCACCUGAAUCAUGCUAGAUCUGAUGGCAAUAUUUCAAUGGGUAAUUCCUCAAGUUACCAACCUCCUCACAUGAGGCAAAACAACAUGCAGCUCCAUCCUCCUUUUCGACCGGAUAAUGUUUUUCCUCCUAACUCUCUUAAUCAUAAUUCUUUUCCAGUCCCUGGUCAACCUGAACUCUCUGCACCCAAUAUUAGUCAGCUACAUAUAUCUGAUUAUCCCAAUUAUCCUAUAAAUUCUCAAAAUUUCCAUCAACAAACUGGUGAAUUUAGACCACAUUCUAAGUCUCAAAAUCCUGCUAACUUUAAUGCACCAGACAAAGGCCGUAGUCAGCAUUGUGGCCAAUCAUUCCAUCAUGAUGCAUUGAAUAAAAGACAUGCCCGUGAUGCAGUAGAGUAUGCACCUCAUUCAUCUUCUACCAUAGUUACUAGAAGUUUAUCUCAUAACGAUGGCUGGGGAUCUCAGGGGCAACCACCACCAUCAGAGUACAUUCAAGGCCUCAUUGGAGUUAUUCUUCUUGCAUUGAACACCCUGAAAGUGGAAAAAAUUAUGCCAAUUGAGGCAAAUAUAGCUGACUGCAUCCGAUAUGGAGAUUUGAGAAACUGCAAUACUGAUGUAAAAAUGGCACUAGAUAGUGCGGUAGAGCAUAAUAUGGUAGUGAAGCAGAACUUAGGAGCAGUGCAAUUGUAUGUUGGUAAAACAGAAAAACUGUGGAAAUGUGUGAACCCUCUAGGUGGUUAUCCUAAUCAGUACCCAAAAGCUAUAUGGGAUAAGAUUCGUAAUUGUUUAGCUUCUCCAGCUGGUCGUUCUGCAAUGAUGGCUUCGCGUUGCAGAUAUGAAGCAGCAUUGAUUCUGAAGAAAGAAUGCUUAACAGAUUUUGCCUUGGGCGAUGUGCUGCAGAUUUUGCAUAUGAUAACCUCAAUGAAGAAAUGGAUUACUCAUCAUAUUUCAGGAUGGCAGCCAAUUAAUAUUAUACUAGCAGAAGGUAAUACAGAUGCAAGUUCAAGAACCGAACUUGAUUGAUCAACACAAAUACCAAUUUAGUUAAAAAAAAAAAUACCCUCGAACUGCCGCUAUGAAGGCUGAUUAGGGCGAAAUAUUAUCACAUUGAAGGAGGGAGUAUUAUUACAAAUGAUACCAGAAGCUACUGGAACUACAGAUGUUUAAAACCUCAAGGUUUGCCUAUUCUGUUCUUUUACUUUUACGGUACUGGAGAAAAUUUUCACGUGUUGAAGUGCCUGUAAAAACUUGGAAUCAAGUCACCUUACUAGGCUACGAAGAUCAUCCCAGGUUCAGGACUACCAUUUUAUGUUUCUUUCUGGAAGGAAUUGCUUUGUUCACGUGUUUUUCUCAUCUUCUCAGCAAGUUGUACAUUUGAUUGUUUUGGGACGCUAUAAGUUUGUCAUCUAUGGCGCUGGAUGUUCUUUUGUUUUGACUACACAAAGUUAGCUAAGCUGCUUCAGGACUUUGUAUGUCACCAUGUCAUGUUUACUUCAAGAAGGAUAUUAACAUAAAGGAAUGCACUGCCGGUGGAUCAGCUUGAAGAAGUCAGCCAACAAAUUAACAUGGAGCAUUCCAAAGGUUUCUUUUUCUUUUAUUUUUUUGGCCCCAUAGAUAUCGACUUAGCACAUAAAAUGGUUUUGCCUUAUUUGUAUUACCCUAGGUUUCUAUGCUCUGUUCUUGCUAUGGGAUUUGAUUGUAUGGGCACAGUGGUAUUCCUUGACUAUCUGUACUUCUUUCUACUUUCGAGAACAGAUGAAACUUUUAUGUGUUUUGAAGCUUAUGUUAUAAGACAACGUGGACAUAAGGGAAUUGGUUCACUUUUUUGAGAUGUUAUGAAUAAAUGAGCAUACCGUCCGUUUA